UUUAUAUAAAAAGAAGAAUUUAAAUAAAGAAGCGAUGUCGUUUUAGAUUGCCGGGUAUGUUAACGUUGAUUUCCUUGUGCAGCAGGCAUCCAACUUUUCUAGUUGCCUGUUCCCGUGAGAAUACCAGAAAAAACCAUGAAUAUUGUACGUACAAAAACAUCUAAAGCCAUUAGCUUUCUUAACCAAACCCAACUCGGAGGCAUCAAAUCUAUGUGCAGCAGAGGUGAACUUAAACAAGAUUCCAAAUUGAUUCAAUUAAAUUCUUCUUUUUACAAGAAAAUUUUGCAGCUUUGCAUCAAUUCUAAAGCCAAAAGGCAAGGUCUUUUAGUUCACAGCCAACUUUUAGAAAAUGGGUAUUUUUCAAAUGUCCAUUUAGCUACCAAAUUAAUCAUUUUUUACGUUAAAUUUGGUGACAUGUUGGCUGCAAAGAAAGUGUUUGAUAAAAUGGUUGAAAGAACUGUUGUGUCGUGGACAGCUAUGAUUUCAGGGUAUUCCCAAAAUGGGUUUUUCAAGAAUGCUCUGUUGGUAUUUUCGGGGAUGCGAAAAGCGGGUUUUAAGGGUAAUCAGUUUAGUUAUGGGAGUGCAUUGAAAGCUUGUACUGGGUUGAGGUGUUUGGAAAGAGGGUUGCAAAUUCAAGGGUGUAUUGAGAAAGGGAGGUUUGUUGGGAACUUGUUUGUGCAGAGUGGGUUACUUGAUUUGCACGCAAAGUGUGGAAACAUGGAGGAUGCUAAUCGGUUGUUUAAUGGAAUGGGAGAAAGGGAUUUGGUUUCUUGGAAUGUGAUGAUUGGUGGAUUUGCUCUUCUGGGAUUUGCUGACAAUGCAUUUCAGUUGCUUCAAGAAAUGAUGAGAGAAGGAAAGAUCCCUGAUUGCUUCACCUUGGGCAGUGUUUUGAGAGUCUCGGUCGGAGGUGUUGGUCUCAUGAUGGUCAGCCAAGUACAUGGACUGAUCAACCGGCUAGGGUUUGAAUCAUAUAAUGUGUUGGCUGGAUCACUAGUUGAUGCUUAUUCUAAAUGUGGAAGUCUGCAGUGUGCUUCUAAGUUAUAUAGAUAUAUGCCAGCCAAAGAUGUUAUAUCCUGCACGGCCUUGAUCACUAGCUUUGCACGUGAAGGCAAGCAUGAUAGGGAUGCAUUGGAUCUCUUUAAAGAAAUAAAAUCAAUGCAAAUGGGAAUGGACAAUAUGAUACUGUGCUCUGUUCUUAACAUAUCUGCUAAUGUAGCGGAACUGAGCUUGGGAAGACAGAUCCAUGCUUUUUCUUUGAAAUGUCAACCCUCUAAUGAUGUGGCAAUGGGCAAUGCUCUAAUUGACAUGUAUGCAAAAUCUGGGGAAAUAAAAGAUGCUAACAAAGUAUUUAAUGAAAUGGAUGAGAGAAAUGUGAUUUCAUGGACAUCACUUAUUGCUGGAUAUGGAAAGCAUGGCUAUGGACACGAGGCAAUUGCAUUAUAUGAGAAAAUGGAGCAUGAAGGGAUGAAACCAAACGAUGUAACUUUUUUGUCCCUUCUCUUUGCUUGUAGCCAUACUGGGUUGAUUAAUAAAGGAUCAGAAUUGUUUAAUGCAAUGGUUAGCAAAUACAAGAUAUUGCCCCGAGCUGAGCAUCUUUCCUGCAUGGUGGAUCUUUUUGCACGUGGAGGUCAUUUAGAAGCUGCAUAUAAUCUGAUACAUGCGAUGAAUAUUGAGCCUACCACAUCACUUUGGGGUGCCAUUCUUGGGGCUAGUAACAUCUAUGGCAACAUUUAUAUAGGAGAAGCAGCAGCUACACACCUUUUUAAUAUAGAUCCAGAGAAGUCAGUUAAUUACAUUGCCUUAGCUGGCAUAUAUGUGGGAGCUGGUGCAUGGGAAAAUGCUUGGGAGACACGUAAAUUAAUGGAUGAAAGAAGUGCUGUAAAGGAUCCAGGAUACAGCUUUCUGAGCUCUACAAAGAAGGAAAUGGUUCUUUUGAAGGCACAUUGAAAUAGUCAUGUUGUCUUAUUAUAUUGUUAAUGUGGGAGAUACAUCUGUAUUUACAAAUUACAAGAACUUUUUAGACACUUAAAUUUAUGUUGAUGGUACAGAAGAGUUGGAGUAUCGAUUUUGUUUAUUUUCAUUUUUCUCAAAGGACAUCAAUCUGGUUGACUAAUGUCCUUCUGAUGCUGCAUAGCGUCUCAACAUCAUGGUAUUUACUCUAACUGGAGCUCUAUGGUCAGGUAUUUUCUUGUCCACACUGAUUUCAAACAAGUAUUAACUAUAGUGUGCUAAUAUAUGUGCAUGUAGAUGUGUGUUA